CCUACUCCGCGAGCAAAGAUACCUCCAACAUCUACACAGCAAGUAUCAGAACAGGAGAAUACCUCGGUCGUUCCUCGGUCCUCAACUGAGCGUCCACACGUGCAUGCCCGUUUUAUUCCUUCUGAAACGACCACCAACUGUAUGUACGAAUCCCGAAUGCUGUCUGUUGUGUGGUGGCACAGCCUCUCCUAGCUCGCCCCCUUUCCCCCUGCGGGACGCGGGAGAGCCAAGCGACGAAAAGAUGCCGGCCCAGUGCCACUUCUGCCACUGCCUCUGCCUCUGCCACUACCAGACCCUGAAUGCAGUUGCAGUGCAGAAAUGGGUGCCUACGCGGGGAUCACGUGGCAGACUAGCUCCGCAGAAGGAAUGCAAUCCUCUACAUGCGGCCAGAAUUUGGACCUUGGGCUGGCAGGACCGCCGCUUUUUGCACGCAAGCAGGAAGGCCGAUACUGCUGCAAGGUCGCAAUGCAUCAUGGGUGUAUUCGGGUCGACACUUCAAGAAGCGCGCUCUCGCCCUGCUCCCAAGCUUGCGGCGUUGCUUUUCCCGUCUGGAGUGGUGGGGUUCCUGGGCCUCUGGAGUGAUCCUGCUGUGGUUUCUAAGAUAUUAUAUGGCCUAGAUCAUAUGGCCUGAUUCAAAAGUUGCCCCAAUCUCGUCAUAUUACGAUGGCAUCGACUGAGAUCUGAUCGGUCAUCUGGAUCUGCUGUCUUAUGCCUUUUCA